CUCACCAAUUCCACAUCAUCAACUUACAAAACUCUCACAGUUUUCUCUUUUUCGAUUUCAUUCUAUUCACACAUCACCAUGAUGUCAUCUGAUAACCUCAAACAACCAAUCUUAAAUGCUGAUGAAAAAAUCGAUCAUACUGUCUUCGAUAUAGAUGAUCAAGCUACUUCUUUACCUUCAAAUCCUAAUAAUCUUUCAAAUCUCUCUCAACCAUUACCUAAUCCUGUUCAAGCUACUCCAAAGAAAGCUUUACAUCCAGUCAUCAUCAUCAGCAUUUGGAUCGCUCUUUCAUCUUCAGUCAUCAUUUAUAAUAAAUACAUUUUAUCUGAUUUGAACUUUGCUUAUCCAAUCUGGCUCACAACAUGGCAUUUAACUUUUGCUACUGUUGGCACUCGGAUCCUGGCUCGUACGACUAAUCUCUUAAACGGUUUAUCUCACGUUCAAUUGAGUUGGGAUCGAUGGGCCAAAUCGAUCUUACCUAUUGGCGCUCUCUUUAGUGCUAGUUUGAUUUUCAGUAAUAUGGCUUACUUGACUUUGAGUGUCUCGUUUAUUCAAAUGUUGAAAGCAUUCACAUCUGUAGCUGUCUUAGGAAUGUCAAUCAUCAUGGGACUCGAAAAACCUAAUCAAAGAACCAUGUUGAUCGUGGUUUUGAUCUCAUUAGGUGUAGCUAUUGCUUCAGUUGGAGAAGUUCAAUUCUCAAUGUCUGGUUUCAUUAGUCAAUCACUUGCAAUCAUGUUUGAAGCUUCAAGAUUAGUAACGAUUCAAAAACUUUUACAUGGGAUGAAGAUGGAUCCUUUAGUAUCUCUCUAUUACUUCGCACCUGUUUGUGCAACUCUCAAUGCACUUUUGAUUCCAUUAUACGAAGGAAGAGCACCAUUCCAAGAAGCCUUAAACACACUUGGUCCCAUCAUCCUCAUCACAAAUGCAGGAGUUGCGUUUUGUUUGAAUGUGGCAGUUGUGUUUUUGAUUGGAUCAGCUUCUUCAUUGGUUUUAACUUUAUCGGGUGUAGUUAAAGAUUUGUUAUUGGUAGGUGGAUCGAUUUUGAUCUUAGGUAGUUCAGUGACUUUACUUCAAAUCUUUGGUUAUGGAAUCGCUUUAACUGGUUUAGUGGCUUUUAAAACUAAACCUGAAGUCUUGGAUGAAAAGAUCGCUGGAAUCAAAAGAGCUCUUGGACGUUAGAACAAAAAAAAAUUCAUAUGUUUUGAGAAUUCAUUACUUUUUGACUAGUUUUACUUUUACUGUUACCUUCUUUG